AUGGCAAGUGCCGACGAAAGCGAAGAUGAUGAAGAGGUGGCGGAUGCAUUGGAAGCACGCCUUUCCACGCUCCAACACCUUUCACCUGAAGAAGCAGCGACCAUGUUGGGUCGCAUGCCUCCGCGUCAAGCUGGACAACUGGUCUUGUUGAUGGGUAGCGAAAACCGUGCGGCAAUCCUGGCUGCAAUGCCAGAUGCUGCGAAGGAGGCUGUGGCAGGCACCCUGCCAACAGACACGGCGGACGCCCUGGGCCUUGUUGUGGCAAGUACCAGUACAGAAACGGAUGCGACUGAUAGCGUGGCAGAAGUUCGACAAGGCCUUGAGGCACCCGCUCUACCAGCUGAGGAAAGAGAUCCAGGAACACAGCAGUUCCAAGAAACCCACGAGUCGAAGGAGCAGCAAGACUUGCCCAGGGAGGACAAGCAUGGCACAGAAGAUGCACCACACAUGAAUAAGGAGCAAGGGGCAGACGCUGAAGCAGAGGUGCUUGAAGGAGCUCAGCAAUGUGCAGGCGAGCUUCUUGAAGAGCAGGUGCAGCGCACAGAGCCAGAAGCAACAGAGCAGGAGGAGAUUGUCACUGAGGCGGUGAAUGGCAUGGACCGCGAUGAACGCCUUGCAUCAGAUGAGGCAGUCGCAGCUCAGGCUCAUGCAGGUUGCUCUGCUGGCAUGAGCAACUCGGCAGCCGCCGGUGAGCUUGCUGCAAGUUGCCUUACUGGUGACAGUGACCGCAUCCCUGCAAAUUUCGCUCCUAGCAACCAGCAGCCGGCUGUGGAAUCCGGGUAUCCCUCCAACUCGUCGCCGUCGAAAGCGGAGCAGAAACUCGAAGUUUCGUCUGCUUGUGCAGCGCUGGAGGAUGAGCCGGAGAUUAUCGAUACCUGGCUUCUUAACAACAAGCCUGCAGUCCGGGAACACCCGUGCAGACCGAUACUCGUGAUGGAGCCUUCCAGCCGUGCUGCUGAAGGCGCUUCCAGUGAAGCAGCACAGGUGGCGUUACAUUUGAGCCCACUAUGCAAUGCCACCAUUGCCAGAUAUUUCCAGGAGACUCCUGUGGAGGAAUGGGAGGCAAUUCUUGCCCACUUUCCUCCAGAAAGGAGAAAAGACAUCAUGGAUAUUCUCUGGGAGGACACAAGCUCCUUCAGUUCAGAGUCUUCCUCCAAAGCCAUCCCGGCUCGAAUGUCACGAGCCAUGGGCAUGGCUGGAACCUUUGCAGCACGCGCUCGACAAGGCAUAUCGGAGAUGGCACCUGAGGCGUCCCACAAGGCUGCCUACGCGUCAACUGAAAUGAAGCGAGCUGCUGCGGCUGCAAGCCAUGCCGCAGUGUGGGCGCGGCAAAGCGUGACCCACGCUGCAGACAAGGCAGUCACCACAAAAAGCGUAGAACGCGCUAAAACUGCCGCCAACAGUGCCAUGAGCGCUGCCCGAGUCGGUGUGUCCACAGCUGCUCACAAGGCUGAGACUGCCAAGUCUUUGGUCAGUGAGGCAGCCGGAGCAGCAAAGCACAGCGUCUCCCAUUUGGUGUCCGCAUCAUCUGCGUCUGAUGCAGUUGAAAACUCCGGGCGCUUGGCACGGCAGAUGACAAACGAAGCCAAACAGAAAGUCUCUGGAGCCACGGAAGUUGCCAAGGCCCAAUUCGCUUCGAUGUCCAAAGGCAUGGCGGGAUUUUUCAAGAAAUAA